CAUUGCAAUCGGGCCUGGCACAUCUCAUCUCUCUCUCUCCCUUGCCUCCUUCUCCACCUCCGGCUGUCGCCGCGGCCAGGCCGGCGUGGUGGUGCGCCUCCGCACCAUCAGCACACCCACCACAAACAUCCACCACUCACCACCAACUUCAUCCACCAGCGCCACCAUCUCAAGCCACCGCCGCACCUCGCGCGCCCGACCAGACAAGGGCGAGCACGGGCGUAUGGUCCUCCGCGUGACCUCUCCCUCUCCGCCGAUCCUCUCUCCCUGAUGCCCCUGCUGCUCCUUCUCUUUGCGCCUCCUUUGCCGAUUCUCUGCUCUGAACCUCAAGUUGCUGCUGCCACUUCUUCUCUGAACCCAAACUUUGCUGUUUGCUGCUCCUCUUUCUUUGCUGCUGCUUCUUCUUCUCACGCCCCUGCUGCUUCUCUCCUCACGUCCCUGCUGCUUUUCUCCUCACGUCCCUGCUGCUGCUCCAUUCCCAAUCUUGCUGUUGUUCUCUCUCUCUCUCUCUCUCUCUCUCUCUCUCUCAAAUUUCUGUAAUCUUCAGAAGUGUCAUAACUAGUACUAUGUAAUGUUCAGUCUUGAUAAUUGUAGUAUCCUGCUGCUUGGUUCAGUUUCGAAUUUAUAAUAUAAAUGCUUGAUUAGUAUGCCUGAGUAGUUGAUACCUUCUCACUUAGAGAAGUACUUGAUCUGUUAUACUUUGUUUAGUGAAAUAGUAAUCUUCAUAUGUGUGUGGUGUCCUGUGAUAUAUACAUAUGUGUGUGUUUGUGAUGUGAUGCAUAUAUUCUGUCCUACAACCUUGUUUCUUCCCUCUGUCAUACUUGUUGUUAUUAUAUGUAUUCUUGUCUUGUUGAUUUCCUUUUGUUGUUUAAGUAGUAAAACCUGUGCUAGUAUUUUAGUUUCUCAAGUAAUGAAAAUACCAAAAAGAUAUUGAGUAAAAUCUGAAUUUCCCUUUGCUGUUUGUCGUUUUCUUUGUCAACGAUCUUUGCAAACAACCUUGUUAGUUUAGGUUUUAUUUUCAGUUUUCAUCACCCAAUUCUGUGUCACCUAGCUUUAGCCGAGCGUUCUUGCCGUCGCCUAGUCCCUGUGGAGAACACGACAUCCGUAGUUUGGGCGUAAAAACCCUGCUAUAUUACAAUCGAUCAUUUUGGCGCCGUUGCCGGGGACUAGCGUCGUGCGACCGUGUUAGGCUAUAGACUAGGUUUUGCUUCUGUUUCUAUCUAGUGCCAUAUAUUUGUGAUAUAUCUCUUACCCCUAAUCACUGUUCUAGUUAUCUUCUCUUUCUUUUCUUGUUCAUUUUGUAUGUUAAAUCGUCUUCUUGGAAAUGGCAUUCUACUCAGAUCAUCAUGCCUAUGCGAGCAACACUACAAACAGCACGGAAAGUAUUCAAGACCUGAUAAGUAAGAUUUCCCAUCGAUUAGAUGAUUUAGCUCGGCAGCGAGAAGUAGUUUUUGAGGAUAGGCCUAGCUCUUAUGAUCCUUAUUCUAGAGGUCAUCCUUAUGUUGCUCCUACAUGCUAUAUUUGUGGAUUUCAGGGCCAUUCACCCGUUGAAUGUCAGCGUGGUUACUCUCACCCUCCAGAUUGUUUUGGCAUGAGCUUCGCUCAAGAGCAUAUCUCAUACCAAAACAAUUACUCACAUGGGUGGCCUGAAAACCCGAAUAUGUCAUAUAGGAGCAACAACCCUGAGAUCUCAUUGUUUGCCUCUAGUUAUCCAAUGCAGGGAUUUAGGUACAAUGAGGAGAGCCACAACUAUGCACCACAAAAAUUUCAUUCAGCUCCUACUCAUAUACCACAGUACCAGGAGAUGUGUCCAGUGGAGUUAAAUGGUCCUCCAUUUGGUCAACCAGCAACUCCGGCACCUGUUGUGCAAUCUCAUGUGCAAGUGCCCACACAAGAUGAGUUCGAUGACAUAGACAAGCUCACACUUUUGAGUCUCGAGUUCACUUGGAGUGCCGAGGAUGAUCCUAUUAGGAAGGUUAUACUAGAGGAAAUGAAGAAGAUUAAGAGUGGAAAGGAGCUAGUGGAAGAAGUAAGAAAGAUUGAGAAGAACAUCAACGCUGGCAGUACUAUCUCUUCCCUCCUUGAGUUGAGUGUUGUUGGGAUAUCCCUUGAGGUGUGUGAGGUUCCAACACCUUCACAUUCAGCUGAGCAAGAUAGCGAGAGUCCAGAGGAAGAGAUACUUCAGAUCCAAGAAGAAAUUCUUGAAGCCAAGGCACAAGAUGAUCCAGAGCUCGAAUACCCAAAUGAACAGGUUGAAGAUCCAAUGUCUACCACUCCCAAAGAAGUAGAAGAAGCUGUUGUAGUUGAAGAUGAAGAACCAGAAAUUCGUUUUCCUAUUGUCAUACAAGAGUGUGAUGUAGCAGGUUUAUCUAAUCCUCUUGAUGACAUGCGUCCAUAUGAUCUGUUUGCCACUAUUUUGCAUUGCAUGAUACCAUCAAUUAAGCUAGACUUGAAAAAAUGUUUGCUUGAACAUGAUCAUACAUACUCUGUUAUUGGCAUUUCUCUCAUUUAUGAUGAUGACACUUAUUUUCCUCAUGCUAGACCUAUGCUUAAUGAUAAAUAUCAUCCUCAUGUUAGUAUUGCGCUUGCUGAUUUCUAUCAUACUCGUCAUGUUCUAUAUUCCUAUGCUUAUACAAUUGGAUAUUCGAUUGACGACUUAGAGGGCAUCUACCCUAUCACUUGUAGUCGUUGUUUGUGUGAGUCCUAUUUCAGGUUUCUGCUUGUGCACAAAUCAAUACAUGCUGACCAGGUUCGAGGUGACAUCCCUUGGGAUCCCGGUGGAGUCAGAGCAUGGCGAUGAGGAGAAGCAAGGGGCACACAUGAAGAAGAGUGAAGCUGGAGCAUGCACGAGGAAGCAAAGGAGAAGAGCUGCAGCUUAGAGAGUGAUCAAGCGAGUGUUACUUAAUAGUGCCCGAAAAGUGCGACAAGGCACAAAACUCUUCUACUACAAAUGAUCAAGUGAUGGAGUCAAGGAGCUGAGCGUGAAGGAAAGAAGUAACCGAGGGGCCAAACUAAAGAUGGGAGGACCAACUUGGGAAGAAAGAAGGAAGGAGGGCCAAAGUGAAAACAUUCAGAUCUGAUCGGGAGGGGAUCAAAAUCCCUAGCCGCAUCUCCAUUGCAAUCGGGCCUGGCACAUCUCAUCUCUCUCUCCCCUACCUCCUCCACCUCGGGCCGCCGCCGCGGCCAGGCCGGCGUGGUGGUGCGCCUCCGCACCAUCAGCACACCCACCACAAACAUCCACCACUCACCACCAGCGCCACCAUCUCAAGCCACCGCCGCACCUCGCGCGCCCGACCAGACAAGGGCGAGCACGGGCGUCUGGUCCUCCGCGUGACCUCUCCCUCUCCGCCGAUCCUCUCUCCCUGAUGCCCCUGCUGCUCCUUCUCUUUGUGCCUCCUUUGCAGAUUCUCUGCUCUGAACCUCAAGUUGCUGCUGCCACUUCUUCUUCUCUGAACCCAAACUCUGUUGUUUGCUGCUCCUCUUUCUUUGCUGCUGCUUCUUCUUCUCACGCCCCCUGCUGCUUCUCUCCUCACGUCCCUGCUGCUUUUCUCCUCACGUCCCUGCUGCUUCUCCAUUCCCAAUCUUGCUGCUGUUCUCUCUCUCUCUCUCUCUCUCUC